AUGGACGAAGCGCUUUCGGAUUCCUCGUCCUCCGACGGAGAAAUUUCGGACAAGGAGGACGAUGUCGAGGAUACCAAUACGGCUUCUACCGGGUUCCCACCAUUAGGGAGUGUUGAUGGACACGAAUCGUCGCCCCCCAUUGACAAGAAGUCCUUUGACGAGACCCUCAAUAACGAGGAUCCAUCUGGCGAAGCCGUUAACGAGGAGUCCUUUUUCGAAGCUGAGGAGAAUCUCCCCGCGUCGAGAGCUCCUCUGCAAGAUACAGCGGCCUCCAGCGACGAGACUCUCCUGCUCGGCUUAUCGGAAACACCAGUGAUGACGAUUCCGCCAGCCUCUUCAAACUUUUACAGUGACAAUAGUGUUGAUGAGGAAGGAGAGAAACACGAUGAGCAGGACUUUUCCGCACUCGUCGCUACUGGCCAAGGUCCAGACAGCAUCAGCACCACCGACGCCACCGGCGCCACGGACACCAUCGGCACCACCAGCACCAUCGAUACCACCGGCACCGUCGGCACCACUGGCGAAAGAUCAGCAGACUCGUUAGAAGUACCUCUGACGGUUUCUUCUGAUAGCGAAGAAUUUGGAGAAGCCGUGGUGGGAAGUGCACCGCCGUUGGAUGCGUCGCUGGAAGAAUCUGUGGACGGCGCAGAUCAGGUUUCAGAGAGUGAGAAAGAAGAUGCUGUUGACGGGGAUAAGGCUGAUGGUGGUCAAGCUGAGGGUGAUUCUAUCGAGGGUGCCGAUGCUGUCGUACGCGUGGCUGGAGUCGUUGUGAUUAAGCCGGGGGCGAAAUUGUUUGCGGAUGCUGCUGAUGCGGCUGGCGCUUCUGGUGCUACUGAUGGGACUGAAGAAGAAGAGGAGAAAGCGGAGGAGGAGAAGGCGGUCGUUGUGAAGGAACUCGAGAGUGAACCCGAGAGUGAACCCCAACAGGCGGAUAGAGAGAGCAAAGGCGGUGCUGGGGUGGGUCUAGAAGAGAUUCAGGGCGAGGCCGAGCAGGCCGAGACGCACGAGGCCGAGCAGGCCGAGACGCACGAGGCUGAGCAGGCCGAGACGCACGAGGCCGAACAUGUAGAGGAGAAAGGAGAGGCGAUGGACGAGGCUGUAGCGGUGCUGCAGGGGAGCAAGGGCGGGACGGAGGUCUUGCAGCAGGAGGAGGUGAGGCAGAAGGAAGUCGCGAUUGAAGGAGAGGAAGAAAAAGAAGAAAUGCAAGAGAAGCAAGAGGAUGAGCGUGAGCAAGAGGAGAUAGAUGAGGCGCAAAAGGAGCAGGAAGAGAAGGAGGAAGAGUGCGAGCAUGUGGAUGUGCCAGAGAGCCUGGUGAACAGCUGGAGCCGAUCCUUCGUGGAGGUCGAAGUCAGUACCAUCGCCCACCACGUGGCCUCCACCCAAGACGCCAAAUCCCGCCUCGACGCGCAGCUAGCUUCCGUCCAAGGGCUCCUCGCAGAGGUGGAGCGCGCCGAGCAGCAGGCAGUCGCAGCUGAAUCCGCUCUCUCCCACGCUGGCGAGGCUGACGUUGCCGAAGCUGAGAACGUGCUUCGGCACGUGGUUCGGUCGCAGCAGGCUCUGGAGAUCCGCGCCGCGCAGGUGUUUGGGCACCGGGCGCAGCUGCAGGAGGAUUCUAAGGGGCUUAAAGCCCGGGUCGAGGCGAUUCAGGGUCAAUUUGCGGAGGUGGAGAGGCAGGUGGAUGAGUUCAGAGUGGUGCUGGAGGGUAGGCUGGAGCGAGCUAAGGAGAGGAUUUGCGAGUUGGAGAGGAGGAGGAGGGAGAGGGAAGAGGCAGGGAAGAGGAAACUGGAGGGGGCGGAGAGGGAAAUGGGGCGGGUUCUGGGGGAGGUGCCGGGACUGGAGAGGCAGGAGAGGGCGUGUGCUGAGCUGGCAGACGCGCUGGUGGCACGUCACCACGAGGCUGACGUGUUGGAGGGACAGCUGGCGGUGCUGCGGGAGGAUUUGGCGGCGCUGGUGAGGGGCGUGGGGCGGCUGCCCGGGCUGCCUGGGGAGGCAGAGGAGGAUUUGGGGUACUCGUUCCUGAGUGAAGGAGGGCAGGAAGAUGGUGAAGGGCAGAAGCAGGAACCUUAUCAUUCUCUUCAUGAGGAUUCCCCACACGCCCAGUCAGCAGCAUCGGCGCCUGAUGCCAUUUUGCCUGCCACACCGGCCGCUUCCAUCACAAGCCAUUCGGCUCAAGACCCGAGUAGCCUUGUUGCAGGAGAGCUGGGCUUGACCAGCCCUGCUCUCCCUUCUUCUGCGGCUGCUGCUAGUGAGACCAGCGCGACCCUCCCCACGCCCUCGCCCUUUGAGGACGAGGAGCAAUUCGAGGCCAAGAUGCGUGAAAUGUCUAGCAUGCUCAAGGAAACCCUCCCCUUGGCUCGCUCCCGGUUCCAGCAGCAGCAGCAGCAGCAGCAGCCCCAGCUGCAGUCACAACAGCAGCAGGUAGGUGUGGGAAGCGGGUUGGCUGAUAGCGACACUGGAGUGGAAGGGGUGACGAUGAUUGAAGAUGGUGAUUGGAGCGUGCUGGAGGCUUCUGACCUGCUCACAGCCUCAGUCCUGGGUGGGGCGUCACGAUUCAGUGGGGCUGGAGAUGGGGUUGGUGGGGUGUUGGAAGGGGGUGAGGAUGAGGCGCGGUGGUCGGGGCACAGCUCGUUCAGUGUGCAUGCUGGCAGCACUCCACGGGGCAGGGACGGAGGCGCUGGGAGGGGCGAGAGCGGAGAGAUAGGUGAGGUGAUGGAGCGAUAUUUUGGCAGCAGUGAGUAG